AUGACGCACAAAGUGACGCGCUGCUACAGCCGCGUAGGCGUUAGGACGGCCCCUUGCGCUGUGAGGCCGUUGGCCGGUGAGGGGCGGUGCCGCUGUAUGCCCGGCCCCUCUGCCCCCCCCCGGCAGCUGCCCCGGGGCCGCUGCGGGCUGUGUCCGCCCGAAGGGAGUCCGUCACCGCCGGUUGGCUGAGCCCGGGGGCUCAGGGGGAAGCUGAGGCCAGGCAUGGGCCUGAUCUUCGCCAAGCUGUGGAGUCUCUUCGGUAGCCAAGAGCACAAAGUAAUCAUAGUGGGACUUGAUAAUGCUGGAAAGACUACUAUUCUUUACCAAUUCUUAAUGAAUGAAGUGGUUCAUACUUCUCCAACAAUAGGAAGCAAUGUGGAAGAAAUAGUAGUGAAAAACACUCAUUUUUUAAUGUGGGAUAUUGGAGGACAAGAAUCGUUACGGUCAUCAUGGAAUACCUAUUACUCAAACACAGAGUUCAUCAUUCUUGUUGUUGACAGCAUUGAUAGAGAGCGACUUUCUAUAACAAAAGAAGAACUUUAUAGAAUGCUGGCUCAUGAGGAUUUACGGAAGGCUGCAGUUCUCAUCUUUGCGAACAAGCAGGACAUGAAAGGUUGCAUGACAGCUGCUGAGAUAUCUACAUACCUCACCCUCAGCUCCAUAAAGGAUCACCCAUGGCACAUUCAGUCUUGUUGUGCUUUGACAGGAGAAGGAUUAUGCCAAGGCUUGGAGUGGAUGACUUCCCGCAUUGGAGUGAGAUAGCUGCUUUUCCUACACUUCCACCCCUUAAUGCCCCAAAAAAGAAGAGACUUCUAUUUAUCCUGUGAACAUGUACAUUUUUCUGUACUUCUGGCUGCUGAAGCAGUGACCAUGUUUAAUUUAUAUCAGCCAACCCCCAGGCUGUACUUGAAUCAAGUGCAGUUGAACUGAAAUGCAAAGUAUUUUCUUAACUUUUUUUUAGCACACUAAUCUUCAACUGGAUGAUCAUAUGUGAAUCUGGUUUUAAGCAUUGGAAUUCCUCUGAAUAUGUAAUCUAACUUUUUCAAUGAUAGCUUUUUAAACUGUUUUGUCAUUGUCAAUAUUUCACACUUCCUCUUUCUAAAUAGUUUAUAUAACUGACUAACAUAAAUGAGCACAGUUUGUUUAACAACAAAAAGUAGCGAGUAGGUUGACUUUACUCUGGCAUAGCUUUAGCCUCUGAGGAUAACCAUAUCUCCAACUGGGCUUCCUGAAACAUUAGCAGAGUCCUAGCCAGCACAGGAGUUACAGUUGUUCAGCAUUUAAAAAAUUGCAUUCAUGAGUUUGCUAUAGUUAAUACUGUGAUGGCUUCUAACCUGGUAUAUAAUUGAACUUCUGCCUCAAGAGAAAUCUAUUUCAUUCUUAGUUUCUGUGGUUCAUAGAUCCAAGAUGAUUCUUUUACUUAAAAAUACAUCUCUACAGUGGUUAAAAAUUUGUUAGUAAGUGCUGGUUUAAUAAUUUAGAACUUGAAUAUCUUUUUUAAAAUAAACUUCUUGAUAAUUAAGUUUGGAAUCAUGGCAGCCAGUGUUAUGUAUAGACUUACUGUAACCUGUUAAAAUUUUUAAAUACUGCAUACAUGAGCCUUCCUCACCUUUUCGUGAGACUGCUGUUUCCUAAAUGAAUGCAAAAUUAAAAGGGAAGCCAGAUUUAUAAACAGGACAGAGUCACGGUGCUAUAUCUGGAGACUUCAGAGCAAAGCUAAUAUUGAUGUUUAUUUUCCUACUGUCAAAUAUGUUUUCAGAUUCUGUUGCUGAGAAAAUAUUUUGCCUUAAUUUUUGUUUUUAGUUUUAUUUGCUGGAGCAGAGAACCAUUGAUGGUGUUCAAAUUGGAUUCAUUCACCUGACAUUUAGGAACUGAAAGUUGAAAAGGGAAAGAGCUUCCAUUUGAAAAAACAGGUGGUGAAAGAGCAGACCUAGUAACUCUUAAAUCAAUUUGAAGAGGAUGAAUGAUGAAGUUAGAUCUGUAAAGGGAAUCUAAAGCUAUGGAUGAAGUUAAUUGAGAACAUUAGGUGCCAAAAAAACCCUAACCACCAUAUCUGAGAAAAAACAAACAAAAA